AUAUAUAUAGCCACAUAUAUAUAGCCACAUAUAUAUAGCCACGUAUAUACAGCCACGUAUAUACAGCCAUAUAUAUGUAGCCACAAACACCCGAGCGAGAGCAGACACAACAACAACUCACCUCGGCGUGACCUGGCUGUUCAGCGGGCCCCCGACGGUAUUGUCAGUCGGGUGGCCGUACACCCCGUUCGCAGGCCGGACGCACCCCGUCCUCAGCCCCCUGCAGUUGGCACCGCACACGAUCCUCUCCGCCCGCGCCUUGGACGCCGGGUAGUUUCCAAAGAACUCGCCGUGGCGCCUCAGCGGCCGGAAGAAGUCGGACUCCUCCAGCACCUGGCAGUAGCCCCGCGGGAACGCGCCCCACCGCUCCCACGGCCACGGCGCCACCCACAGCCCCACGGGCCGGAUGCUGAUGGACGCGCUCGACGUGCUGACGAGGACGUCGGCGCCCGCGCGCCGCGCCGCCGCCAGCACGUUCUCCGUCCCGCCCACGUUGACGGCGUCGCAGAACCCGCCCACCAGCCGCGACCGCGCCGACGGGACGAUGACGGCCGCGGUGUGGAACACGGUCAGGGGCAGCCUCGCCACGGAGUCGUCGUCACCACCGCCCCAGGGCCGGAGGAAGGCGGCGUCGGUCGACUCCCGCGACGAGAUGUCCGCCCUGCAGAAUCCCACCCCGCCGAAGAGCGGGUGCUCCAGCAUGUCGCGCCUGUGCGGCGCGUGGAAGUCGACGAUGCGGAUCGUGUGGGGCGGCUGCCCGCGCUCCAGCAGCUGCAGCACGAUGUACCCGCCGACCAGGCCAGAGCCGCCCGUCACGAGGUAGCGCCUGCUGAGCCUCGGCGGGAGCUGGGCCGCGUACGAGGCGGUGGUGAUUGGGUCCUGGCGCAGGCGCUCGUAGGUCUUUUUGAUUUGCUCGUCUGUCCACCUGUCCCCGGCUAGGUUCUUCACCUCGCCUGGGGUGGUGCUGAGGAGGCGGUUGAGGUUGAUGAGGUACGCCAGCGCCAGGAGCAGGAGGGUGCCGGCGGCGGCUGCGAGGAGGCCUGGCAUUGUGUGUAUGGGGUUGGCCAUGGAUUAUUAUGCUUCGAUUUAAACAGGGUACAGUAGCAUCUGAGUGCUAUGAUUUUUAUCCUUCAUGUCGAUGGUUUUCAGAUGACUUCGAAAAAUAGUUGGGCAGUCAUCCGUCGUGGAGUCCCGCACGGGUGUUUCGCUUUGGAGAUUCCGGAGAAAUGGAGGGUUGCAGUCGUCCUGUCGUCAACGUCAGCCCAUCCUGCCCAUCCCAACUGCGGAUAGAGUUGGCUCGUCCCAGGGCCAGGGGCUCGGAUCCCGCGGCUUCUUCUCGAUUAUGCGCCUCGCCGCACUUCCCACUUCAUCUGGGCGCUUAUAGGGAUCACAAUCGUGGUCCAGGGCUGAAGAGUGGCGCAUCCAGUUCUCCAGCAGGCAUCUCAAAAAGCAAGCGUACUGUGGAGUCUUGGGCCCAGGGUUCAUUUUGGUAUACCAGGUACAUAUGCAGGCGACAUUUGCGGGGAGCAUGCAGUGUAGUCUGAUGGUUGGAGAGCUGGCUGUCGGCAAUGUAAUCCGUACGGGGGAGCGUAUGUCCUCGACCACGAGAGAACCGGUGGGGCCGGCUCCGACUCGGUGCGGGGCUCUCUCGGCUCCGGGCGCCGCGCCGCGCCGUUGUAGCUUGUGUCUUGGGCGGUCCGAUGUAAGUCAUCCUCGCAAAAAGGUUUUCUCAUAAUCUUCGUGAGGAAAUUUGCUGUCUUGGAGCCCAGAUAUCAUCGCACAAGAAUAAUUUGGCUCAGUGUAACUUUGCGUCUUGGGUAUGAACAAGAGGCGAGAUGACUGCAACGAUUUGGUGGAGACAGACUAAACGAAACAACCGCACCACCUGUACAGGUUGCAGCUCGGAAAUGCCAGCAUUGAUUCGAGGAUCUCGUUGGCAUUGCAUACGCCUCUACUGCCCUGUGCGUCAUCUAUGGCCCGGAAGGAAGUGGCAGCGUGCAGAUUUAAUAGGUAUGCCAUAACAUCCACGUCAUGUCAACGUCCACGGGGCGAAUCUGCAGGCAAGUCGGCCAUUCAGCAAUGUCAAGACCCAUCACUCCCUUUGCAUUUUCCUCUCACCAUAGCUACCUAGAUAGGUACUUACCGAAUCACUCCCCGUCUUCGUCAACUACAAGACCAUUGAAAUCUACACCCCUCUCCGGUUUUGAAUCGAUCCAUCCCAAUCAACUCCGUCCGUCUGGUUACGAACUAGACGACAAACAAUACCAAAUCAGACCCACAGCAACAUAAGUCCAGAAAAAGAUGUCUUGCACACGUGCCCUGCUACCCAAAUCUCUGGCCACGCGCCCCAGCCUCUCCGCCACACACAAAGCCCAGGCCCACGCCGCACGACCUGCAGCCCUCAUCCAAAGCCGCCACUACGCCGCCAAGGGCAGGGACAAGAAGGACGACCUCGGCGGCCCAGGCGGGCAGGAGCCCGCUGACCCCGAGGCCCGCGCCCAGCAGAACGCGAGCAUGCGCAACAAGACGAUGCUGGGCAUGGCCCUCGCCCUGGGCAUCCCGCUCUUCUACAUGGUCGGGCGGCCGGGCAGGAUCGCCGAGAGGGAGCUCGACACCAACUCCUCCGCGGGCACCCUGGCCGGGAAUAACCCGGGGGAGAAGCUGGGCGAGGUGCAGGGCGGCAUGCCGGGUGGCCGACAGGAGCAGCGGAAUCAGUGGCAGGGCAGUCCGGAGCAGGGCGCGAAGGCUACUAGGUAGAGAGGUGGGUGCGUCUUUUUUGGCGGCGACGACCAGUUGACGGAGACUGGUGGGUCGGGAGAACCGGAUUAUAAUUGAGUCGGCAUUGACGGAAUCAGUGAUCAGUUAGUUCUCUAACUGGGGUGGACGCAGGAUGAACCGAAUAGAAGGAUCAGACUCGAGCGACUGUCUAUCGGCAUGUCUUUCAACGCAAGCCCGUUUGUCUUAUACUUUGGAAUGACUUGUCUUGACCACUUCCAAAAGCUUCAAGCCUCGAGGUGGUGUUCCUCGGAUUGAUGUCAUAUCCAUGCGCAUUCCCUAG